GAAGUGCUCUCGGGGGUGGGAUUUAUGGUUUACCCCUGUUGGACAGGGAAAGCUUGGACUUGCUUACUUCCGGCGGAGAAGUGUUGGGAAGUGUCGGGUUUGGUUUUCUCUCGGUUUCUGAGAAGAGCCUCAUCUUUCCAUCCUUGGCCGCGAGGAACUUGAGCUUCCAGGACUGCUCCUGGGAACGGGGCUUUGAGGGACGGGAUUAGGGCUUUGUGUCCGGACCGGGGUCCUGUUCCUACCCUUGACCGGGCGGGUCUCGAUGUCUUGGGGUCAGAGGCGAUUCUGAGGAAUCUAGGUCCAAGUCAGUAGUAAUAACCCUGCUUCUUAUCGGAACCAACAAUGUGUCCCGUUGGUCCGCCAAGCUCUUGUUGCUUGAAGGUUAGAACCAGUUUUGGCCAUCAUGUUUUUCUCACCUCUUCUGACUUAAGUUUGGUUUAUGGCAGACAGAAGGAGCGGCUGCAUCUGGUCUAGUUAGUGAGUCUUAUUGCAUUAUUUAUAUGAAAUGUAAAGUUCUUCGCCUCUAAACUGAUGUCAGACUUUUAUGGCUUCCUUUUACAUUUUAGAUUGGGCCUGAUGUCAGAUUUUUAGGACUCUUCUUUAAAUUUUAAUUUUUUUAAAAAAACUAUUGGCCAUCUUCUCUAGUAGUAAUUGCUUUUUGAGUGGAAUGAAGACUGCAUUAUGGUCCAUAUUUUUAGGUAGAUCGUUGAGUAGAUACCUUUAUUGUAGAUGUCCUCUUUGCCACCUCUCUUUCCUAAUAAUGAUUCCCAAUAUAUCAGUAGGUUGUGCACUACUGAAAGUGUCCUUCAGAAGAUCUUAAAGAGCAGAAAACAAACUGGGUCAGUGUAACCCACCCAGCCUCCAGAUACUUCCCUCUGAGUUGGAAUGAUAAUGACAGAAUCCCGGGAAGUUAUAGACUUAGACCCUCCAGCUGAGACUUCACAGGAGCAGGAAGACCUUCUAAUAGUGAAGGUGGAAGAAGAAGACUGCACCUGGAUGCAGGAGUAUAGUCCACCAACGCUUGAGACGUUUUACCAACGCUUUAGGCACUUCCAGUACCAUGAGGCAUCAGGACCUCGGGAGGCUCUCAGCCAACUCCGGGUGCUCUGCUGUGAGUGGCUGAGGCCAGAGCUGCACACCAAGGAACAGAUCUUGGAGCUGCUGGUACUGGAGCAAUUCCUGACCAUUUUGCCAGAAGAGUUCCAGGCCUGGGUGAGAGAACAUCACCCGGAAAGUGGAGAAGAGGCUGUGGCUGUGGUAGAAAAUAUACAGAGAGAACUUGAGGAACGCAGACAACAGAUUGUUGCAUGUCCUGAAGUGCUUCCUCAGAUGGGACCACCUGGAGCAGUACAGGAGUCCUUCAGUCACCAGCUCCUAUCUGCAGACACCCAGCCUGAAGAAGACCCACAGAAGCCUCAUCUGCUGGAGGAAAAUGCACUUCCUGUUCUCCAGGUUCCUUCCCUUCCCCUGAAGGACAGCCAGGAGCUGACAGCUUCACUUCUCUCAGCUGGGUCCCAGAAGUUGGUGAAAAUUGAAGAUGUGGCUGAUGUGGCUGUAUCCUUCAUCCUGGAGGAAUGGGGACAUUUGGACCAAUCCCAGAAGUCCCUUUUUAGGGAUAACAGGAAGGAGAAUUAUGGGAGUAUUACUUCCAUGGGUUAUGAGUCCAGAGAGAACAAUAUGGAGCUCAUAGUAAAGCAAAUUUCUGAUGAAGCUGAAUCACAGUGGAUGGCAUCAGGAAGCACUGACAGGAAUGUUACCCAGAAUUCAGAGUUUGCAGAAGUUAGUGACCUUAAGAGUAUGGUACAAAGGUGGCAGGUCAAUCCUAUUGUGGGGCAAUCAAAACAGAAUGUUUCCCAGAAAAGAGAUCUUGGUGCUAUCACAGACAUUAGCCAUAAGCAGAACACAAAUGGUGAGAGAGGUCACAGAUGUAAUGAUUGUGGUAAAUUUUUCCUUCAAGCUUCAAACUUUAUUCAACAUCGGCGAAUCCACACUGGAGAAAAGCCAUUUCAGUGUGGCGAAUGUGGGAAGAGCUAUAAUCAGCGGGUGCACCUCACUCAGCACCAGAGGGUUCACACUGGUGAGAAGCCCUAUAAAUGUCAGGUGUGUGGAAAGGCCUUCCGAGUGAGCUCCCAUCUUGUUCAGCACCACAGUGUCCACAGUGGAGAGAGGCCCUAUGGAUGUAGUGAAUGUGGGAAGAACUUCGGUCGGCAUUCGCAUCUGAUCGAACACCUGAAACGCCACUUCAGAGAGAAAUCUCAAAGAUGCAGCGACAAAAGAAGUAACACAAAAUCUAAUGUUCAGAAGAAGAAUUCAGAAUUCUCAGAAGCAGAUACGGAAUUAUCAGGAAAAACCCAAAGAAAUGCUUCCCAAGUUCAAGAUUUUGAAGAUGGCUGUGAACAUCAAGGAAAGGUGGAUAGAAAGCAGGGACUUCCCAUGAAAGAAAUCUUAGGACAACCUUCCUCAAAGAGGAUGAAUUGCAGUGAAAUUACAUAUGUCCACAAAAAAUCCUCCACAGGAGAGAGACCACAUAAAUGUAAUGAAUGUGGAAAGAGCUUCAUUCAGAGUGCUCAUCUUAUUCAACAUCAACGAAUACACACUGGGGAGAAACCAUUUCGGUGUGAUGAAUGUGGGAAAAGCUACAAUCAACGUGUGCACCUAACUCAACAUCAACGUGUUCACACUGGUGAAAAACCGUACACCUGCCAUUUAUGUGGGAAGGCCUUUAGAGUGAGGUCCCACCUUGUUCAGCACCAGAGUGUGCACAGUGGGGAGAGGCCCUUUAAGUGUAAUGAAUGUGGGAAAGGCUUUGGGAGGCGUUCACACCUUGCUGGACACCUGCGACUCCACUCUAGAGAGAAGUCCCAUCAGUGUCGUGAAUGUGGAGAAAUCUUUUUUCAAUAUGUUAGUCUAAUUGAACAUCAGGUGCUCCACAUGGGUCAGAAAAGUGAGAAAAAUGGUAUUUGUGAGGAAGCCUAUAGUUGGAACCUGACAGUGAUUGAAGAUAAGAAGACUGAGUUACAAGAGCAGCCUUAUAAGUGUGAUAUAUGUAGAAAGACGUUUAGUUACAGUUCAGACCUUAUUCAGCAUUACAGAACUCAUACCGCAGAGGGAACCUAUAAAUGUGACGUAUGUCGGGAACAUGGUGGCCAGUGUUCACACAUAAAACAUCAAAGAAUCUGUUCUAGCACAAAACCCCAUCAAUGUAGUGAGUGUGGAAGAGGCUUCACUUUGAAGUCACAUCUUAAUCAACAUCAGCGAAUCCAUACUGGCGAGAAGCCUUUUCAAUGUAAAGAGUGUGGAGUGAGUUUCAGUUGGAGUUGUAGUCUCUUUAAACAUCUGAGAAGCCAUGAGAGGACAGAUCCCAUAAAUCCUUCAAGUGUAUAGGUUUUCUAUUACUCAAUUUUAGAAAAGCCUUCCUGAAGAGAAACCUUAAUUCUAUAAUGAAUGUAAUAACAACUUCAAACAUUCUUUUAAUUUGACCAGGAAAUCUACAGAUAUGUUGAAAUCUUUCAGUUAGAACUCAGUCUUUAGGAAUACUGGCAGAUCCACAAUAAGUAGGUAACCUGUCUGCUUUCUCCAUUGAGAAAUACAUUGGUUAGCAAAUUCAUGCUUGGUAGUCUAGACAAAAAGAGAAGCUGUUGAUUUGGUUGAUGGAGGAAAGCAUUCAGACAUUUAUUUUUCAUUUGAAACUCAGAAAAUUGACACUGAGAAAACCUCAUGAAUGCAGUAGAAAUAAGCUUUAUUUGUAGCUCCUGCCUUGUUCGACAGUAUUUCUAUUCAGGGAAGAGAGCAGUGAGAGAGAAUUCUUCAGCAUGAUACCUGUUUUGGUACCUCAGUAAUGAACCUGUCUAGAUGUGAUUAUCCCAACCAAUAGAGUACUCCAGUCAUUGUUCUCAUCCUGAGUAUUAAACCCUUUGAAAAGAAAUUGGCUUAAGUUAUCUCUAUUUUGGCAAAUAUUGUGGGGCAUUCAGAGGCUAGAUAAUAUGUGUUCCUGCUGCUUUUUACAUCUGUUGAUACAGCUUUUCCACAAACCAUUUUUUGUUUUGAUUCUUCUAGUAUCAAUAUUAGCUGGAAGAAAGAGGAGUUAAAUUUUUAAAUUCAGGAGAAACCGUGAUGGUGAAUCAGAUUUUAAGAUGAAAGAGGGUGACCUUAGAAUAGAGAAAACUGUAGAUUGGUUUAUAUUAUAUUAUCCAGAAGAAUGAGAGCAGCUAGAUACAUAUAUUGGAUCAAGCUGAACCAAGAAAUUUGGUUCAAACAUAUGUGUACUGAUUCCCAGGAGCCUCCCAUAAAGGGUGAGUUUCAGUUUGUAUUGCAGCUGGAACGGAAAGAGAGCAGUAAUGAGAAGGUAGGUAUGUGGUCUAGUUAGCUCUGCCUCAUGAGAAGGUCUGGGUAGGAAUUUUGAGAGGGAAGGAAGACGUGGAUAAGAGUUUACUUGAGCCUGUUUGCUGAAGCCCUGCUUCUGCUGACUCUGCCUGGCUUACAAUAAAUGACCAGUAAAUA